GGAGUUCCCUCUGUCUCUGGUUCACGCCUCCAAAAUGGCCACAGGCAUUGGAUUCCAGCUGCGGGAAGCCUGGAGCUCCUAGAGUGUCUCCCUAGGCGGUUAAGCAGGGGGGGCCAGAUCGGAAAUGGAGUUGGCUGGGACGCCUGCAUUGCAGGUGCUGGGUUAACUCACUGCACCAGGACACCAGCCCCUGAGUGCGAUCCUCUUGCUGUUCCCCCAAGUGUUGGGCUUAGCUCACUCUUUUUAAGGUCCUUCUUGGUUUGGCCCCACCCCGACCCCUUCCACCUGAACCUUAGUGCCUGCUGCUCCUCCGAGGCCAUCCCCUGCGCCUCUGUGCCUUGCUCUUGCCUCCUGUCCUUCCCCCUUCUGCAGCCCCGGCCUCCUUUUCACUUCCUCCAGGCCCCCGGCUGAAGAUGGACUUCCUCCAGGGGUGUUCCCUGUCUGCCCUGCCCCCAUGCCUUUGUGGCACUUGGAGCCUGCACUCACCCGCUCUUGGUUUAUCGAACUUGUUCUUAUCCCAGCUGGCUCGGAGGGUUUUUGAGAGCAUUGUGCCUGAAGACCUCUCUCAGAGCCCCGAUAGUAUCUAACACUGGAGCUGGACUGCUGUAAUGGAGUCUCAAAUACUUGUGAUUUUUUUUGUUGGUAAACAGCUUUUUGUUCUUAAAGGGGAAGCUGUUCUGAGUUACCAUUUUUUUCUACCUGGUGCUGACCGCUGCCCUUCCCCUUCCAGGUGGUUUUUCCUUUGGCUUUCAUGUUCAGGGUGCAGAAAUCACAAAAGGAAAUCUUUGAAACAAUAAAAAUGUUACUCCUGGGAAGAGGAAGACAUCCCAUUAAUUCCUCGGCCACUGGAGGCUUUGGAGUGAGCCACUAGAAAGUCCCUUUUCUUAUGCAUGGCGAAGGGGAUGAUAAGAUCCAUUUCACAGUUUGUGAAGGAGGUAGCGCCAUUUGCAACAUCUAGCACCUGCUUGAUCGCGCCCCACGUCAGGAGAAAUGGACAGCAGCAGUUUCAUUCAGUUUGACGUGCCUGAGUACAGCAGCACCGUCCUGAGCCAGCUCAACGAGCUCCGCCUCCAGGGGAAACUAUGUGACAUCAUAGUCCACAUCCAGGGUCAGCCCUUCCGUGCCCACAAGGCGGUGCUCGCCGCCAGCUCCCCCUACUUUCGGGACCAUUCAGCACUGAGUACCAUGAGUGGCUUGUCGAUAUCCGUCAUUAAAAACCCCAACGUCUUUGAGCAGUUGCUUUCCUUCUGUUACACUGGAAGAAUGUCCCUGCAGCUGAAGGACGUUGUCAGCUUUCUGACGGCCGCCAGCUUUCUCCAGAUGCAGUGUGUCAUCGACAAGUGCACGCAGAUCCUAGAGAGCAUCCAUUCCAAGAUCAGCGUGGGUGAUGUUGACUCGGUUACGGUUGGGGCUGAGGAGAAUCCUGAGAGCAGGAACGGAGUGAAAGACGCCAGCUUCUUUGCCAGCCCAGUGGAGAUCUCCCCGCCCUACUGCCCCCAGGCCCGGCAGCCCGCCGCUGAACUCCGGAUGGAGACGACACCCAGCAAAGCCUUGCGCAGCCGCCUGCAGGAGGAGGGCCACUCGGACCGCGGGAGCAGCGGGAGCGUGUCUGAGUAUGAGAUUCAGAUCGAGGGGGAUCCCGAGCAAGGGGACCUGCUGGUGAGGGAGACCCAGAUCGCUGAGGUAAAGGUGAAGAUGGAAAAGUCUGACCGGCCCAGCUGUUCCGACAGCUCCUCCCUGGGCGAUGACGGGUACCACACUGAGAUGGUUGAUGGGGAACAAGUUGUGGCCGUGAACGUGGGCUCCUACGGCUCUGUGCUCCAGCACGCCUAUUCCUACUCCCAUUCCCAGGCGGCCUCCCAGCCAGCCAGUGUCCCUGAAGCUUUCGGGGGUUUGAGUAAUUCCAGCCCAUCCAGGUCCAUGCUGAGCUGUUUCCGGGGAGGGCGUCCACGCCAGAAGCGCGCUUUGUCCGUCCACCUGCACAGUGACCUGCAGGGAGUGGUGCAGGGCUCUGACAGCGAAGCCAUGCUGAGCAACCCUGGGUAUGAAAGCAGUCCCCGGGAGAGGAGUGCCAGGGGUCACUGGUACCCGUACAACGAGAGGCUGAUCUGCAUUUACUGUGGGAAGUCCUUCAACCAGAAGGGAAGCCUCGACAGGCACAUGCGCCUCCACAUGGGCAUCACCCCCUUUGUGUGCAAGUUCUGCGGGAAGAAAUAUACCCGGAAGGACCAGCUGGAGUACCACAUCCGGGGCCACACUGACGACAAACCCUUCCGCUGUGAGAUCUGUGGGAAGUGCUUUCCAUUCCAAGGUACCCUCAACCAGCACCUGCGCAAGAACCACCCGGGCGUCGCCGAAGUCCGGAGUCGCCUGGAGUCCCCCGAGAGAACAGACGUGUACCUGGAGCAGAAACUCGAGAACGAUGCGUCGGCCUCUGAGAUGGCCCUCGAGUCCCGGAUGGCAAUUCACACAGUGUCCGAGGCUCCCGAGUGAAACGCGAGGAGGGCCCCCAGACAAAGCACACUCAUCGAUGCGUAUUUGUGAUUUGCUUUGUUGUCAUCUUUGCUUUUCCCAGCCAUCUGGAAAUCUCUCGGUCUCUUGGCAGUUUUUCCGAAGUUUCUGGAUGGAAUACUUAGUUGUGUUUAUCCUUUCCCCAACCACCCCCCCCCGCCCCCCAAGGAGCUCAAAGCAUGAAGGGCAACGUAUCCAGGGAAAACACAGGCUGACAGUAUUCCUCUUUGGCUGAACUCUUAAUCCCCAGUCUGCUCGUGAUUGAGCUCUGCCAACCGGUUGAGCCUCCAUCCCCUGCCAAGAGGCAGACA